AUGCCGCCCAGACGCUCAAAGAAAAUCGUCGAAUCACCUUCCCCUUCGAUACCGGAUGAUGAUGAAGUGGAAGAGGAUGCUGGGAGUGAUGCCGAAGGUGAAUCUUACGAAUCCGAGGAAGAAGGUGUGGGUAGGGGACAAUCAGGAUUAUCAAGUGUGAUAGCUAGUGAAGAUAUGGAUAUCGACGCUGAAGGUGAAGAUGAAGAACCUAACAGUGCCGAUGUCAGUCGAGUUGGUAGCGGGAGUGGGAGUGGGAGUGCAGAAGGGAGUACAUCAACAUCUCGUGAAAGACAACCAAGUCCAAUCAAGAUCACCUUACGUGUAAGCCAAAGUAAAGAAGUUGAUACAGGAGGAAAACGACCCUCAAGGGCAGCAGCGAAAAAGGGGGCGAAAAGAACUAAGAGAGCAACUAUGGAGAUUGAAGCUGCAAGUGACGAUGGUUUAGAAGAUGAAGUGGAUAUGAUAGCAACUCCAGAAGUUGACGAAAUGGACGAUACGAUGGAAGAUGAGAACGAAAGUUUUCAAUCUGUUUCUCCUUCAAAACUCACCGCGAGACAAAGAGCGAAACAUGAUAAAGGUUUACGAGAAACUUUAUUAGAACUUCCAAAUGAUCCAGGGAAGAAUAAAUUAAUUUUGACUGAAGCUGAAAAACAACUUCGGAGAGAAGAAACGGCCAGAAGGAGGAAGAGACAAAGACCAAACGAUUAA